AUGUCUAACGCCGAUUAUUAUGGUGGAGCCCAACAAGAUGGCUACCAACAGCAAGGCCACAAUAACCAAUACAAUCAAACACCCCCGCAAAAUUCAAACUACUCUACUGAUCAGCAACAUCAUGGAAAUUCAGGCUACCAAAAUACUCAAUCACAAUAUGGCCACGAACAGCGAGGCAACCAACCAGACUAUAACCAGCCACAAGGCUAUGGAAACCAUCAUCAACAAGAUGGCUCAUAUCAACAUGAGAAACAUGGGCAAAACUCCUACAAUGCCCCACCAUACUCGGGAUCAACGGGUCAACAAGGUGGUCAAACAGAUGAGAGAGGCCUGGGUGCAACUCUUGUUGGAGGGGCUGGUGGCGGACUUCUUGCGCACAAGGCAGGUGGCGGAAUUGCAGCCUCUUUGCUAGGAUCAGUCGCAGGAGCUAUUGGCGCGAACUUGAUUGAGAACAAGUUUGAAGGAAAACACGGCAAACACAAGAAAGAUAAGAAAGAUAAGAAACACAAGAAGGAUAAGCAUCAUAAGAGGAGCGGAUCAAAGGGAUCGUCAUCGUCAUCUGAUAGUGAUUGA